GAAAAACAUCUCGACUUUUUCUACUGUCUGUUCUGUCUAGUGUCUAGUUUGAGUUUAUCUCAGUGUUUAUAAUUUAAAUUACAUUUCCGAAGUUUGAAAAUGAUCAAACUAUUUUCAUUAAAACAGCAGAAAAAAGAUGGAGAGUCAUUAGCGAGGCCAAAUACACAAAAAAGGGCAUCUGCUGCUCAAUUAAGAAUCACCAAAGAUAUCAAUGAACUGAACCUUCCAAAAACUUGCAAAAUGGAUUUUCCUGAGCCUGAUGAUCUUUUGAACUUCAAGCUUAUCAUAUCUCCAGAUGAAGGAUUUUAUCGUGGUGGAUGCUUUACAUUCAGCUUUAAAGUUAGUCACAACUACCCACAUGAACCUCCAAAAGUGAAGUGUGAAACUAUGGUUUAUCAUCCAAAUAUUGAUUUAGAAGGAAAUGUCUGUUUAAAUAUCUUAAGGGAAGAUUGGAAACCUGUCUUAACAAUCAAUUCUAUAGUCUAUGGAUUGCAAUACUUGUUUUUGGAGCCAAAUCCAGAUGAUCCAUUAAAUAAAGAUGCAGCUGAAGUCUUACGUAAUAAUAAAAGAAGCUUUGAGCAAAAUGUGAGGAAAGCAAUGUCAGGAGGGUAUGUUGGUGCCACAUAUUUUGAACGUUGUUUAAAAUAGUGUAAACUCUACCUAGAAAAGACAUUUUCUUAGGAUUGCUUUUGUGGACACAUUGCGUUUCACAUUCAUACUGAUGUGUAUACAUCUUUUUUUCAUUUAUUUAUGAAACCAGUCUUUCCCUGAAAGUUUUUAUCGUAUGCAUUAUUAAUAUAUAUUUUAAAACUUAUUUAGUAACAUUAAAAAACAUUUUGUUUUGUUCUGUAUUUCAUUAUCAAUCAGUUAUCAAUAAAGUACUCAUCUAAAAUCAAUUAUUUAAUUACAAUUAUUUCAAUUACAAUUUAACCCUAUGGAAAUAUUUGUCUUAAUUUUUGGUGAGAUCUAUUAAAUAUCUAUUUUACAUAGCAAGAAAACAAAUGUGUUCAUAAUUUGCUAGAUUACUGAUGAAAAAUAUAAGUGAAAAGUUUAUUUUAUAACUAUAAAAAUAAAGUAUUGAUACUCACUGUUGUAUUUAAGUAUUGAUACUCACUUUAAAUAUAAUGUUUUAUCUUUCAAGGGAAUUAUUGUAAUAAUGUUUUUAAGAGAUGCUGACAUAAUGAAAGAAACUAAUUUUUUUAGUUACUUAGUUCAACUCCCAUUUAUACUGUUAUAAACGUUUACAGCAUAAUAUGUUUUAAGGUUUAAUUGAAUUGUUUUUAAAAUCUUUGCUGAUGAGUUUUUUACUCUAUGUUUUGCAUAUUGCAUUGCAUACGGUUUUAACUUUCAAGCACAACAUUAGUGAAAAGUUUAUUUUUGAUGCAGUUUGUUGUUAUAAAUGUUCUGCUUAUUUUAAAAUGUUAUAAGUUAAUGUGUGAAUCAUUUCGUGUUGAGGAAGAUGAGAAGAAGACUGCCUGUUAACCCAUUAAAAUUCUGUUGAAAUUAAUAAAUAACUGUGUAUUUGUUUAAAAUCAUGUUAAAUUGUCAUGAUUUUUUUCUCAUCUUUAUGUACCCAAUGUGUUGAUAAUUAGGCUUCGAUUUGUGAUAUAAUUACGCAGUGAUAGAAUAAAAUCGAUGCUAAUUAAGCUAUUAUGUUGUGAAAACUCAGUUUCAAUGAAGAACUUCCUUAAAUGUCUCUACUUUAAAAACUACUAAACUUUAUCCAAUUCAAUUAAAAAAUGGUACUCAAUUUUUUGUAAGAAUAGCAUUUUAUUGGCUAGCAGCCUCUUUUUUUUCUUUUCUUGCUAUUAUUUUUUAUUUUAACUUCAAUACUAAUGAGCCGUUCAUGUUCCAUGUAUCACAAUUAUUUAUAGGAGAUUUCACUACUUAGAAACCUACUAUUAAAUCAAUGAGUUCAGAAAACGGAAUUUCUCCACCAAAACUAAUUUUACAGAACAGACAAAUAAAACAGUUAAAUAACUGCUUGAUGUGUAGAACUUUACUUAAUAUUAAAAUAUGACUGGUUACAAAAUAUUGUAUUGCAACUAUGCAAUAACAUCAUCCAAUUUUUUAUUUUCAUAAAUAAUUAGAAGUUUGCACCAGUUUUUCUUAACUUUAACCUUUAUUUCACCUUAAAACAAAUACUAUGCAUUAUUUUUAACAAGCAAAAAUAUUAAUAAUUUGUCAUUUAGAAAUAAAAUAAAGGCUGAAUCUUAGACUAUGUAUGCAUAGAUAUUUGUGAAGAUUCAGGAAACAUCUUCUCGAUUAACACUAUCUACACUAGGCUGCAUGAAAAUUUCUAUAUCGAAAGAUAAAAGCUCAUUUGGAAUCAUCAUCAUUCAAAUCACAUGUUAUAGAAUUUUUUUGAUGUUUGCAAUUUUCUUUUGACUUAUGGCAACUUUUCAACUAUGCUUCCUUAACUGGUAGUGGAGCCUCUUUUGGGGCACUUUUUUUUAGAGUAAAUAUUAAUUUGCAUAAAUCACAAAUUCAACUUUACCAGGUGUAGAGCUUUUAUGAAUUAAAAUUCUAUAAUUGUUGUUUCUUGUAUGUUGCUUUUCCAUAGAAGUAUUUUAAAAACAUAUUUUUCUUAUUAUGCUCUGGCCACUAGCUUUUGAAAUCAAGUAUCAUAUUUUGUAUUUACCUUCCAUACAUUAAAAUUCUAGAAUGUGGUUAAUGAUUCUAUCAGUGUAGCUUGUUGUUGAGGAGUGUAUACACGGACUACCAUUUUUUUUCUUAACCACCCCAAAAUCAUGGUCACAAGGAUUAAUUGAAUGGCCACAUAUUGGGAAAAAAUGGUGAUGACCCUGAGAUAUUAGAAAUCUCACUACUGUGGGAUUUUGAUUCUGCCCUGGGCAAUCAUCAAAACAAAACAAAUUAUCUUUGUCUCCUUUCACACUUUUUAAAGAAUCAAAUUAAGAACAAAACUCAUUUAGCCCUUUAUUGGCUAUUCUUUCAUGAGAGGUGUGAAAUAUAUAUUCACUCAAUUUUAGAUCAUGCAUGCAAAAUUCUUUUAUUCUCAUUUGCCUUUAACAAAAGAUUUCCUGGACUGGAAAGUUAAGAAGUAACAGAUUUUGCAUAUAUUCAACUCUGAUGCCAGUGUUAUCAUUACGACUACAGAUUUUUUUUUUUACCCCAUCUAUUUUAAUAAAAGAUUUUUUUGCAUGUCUUCUGUGCACCAUGGGUUCAGCUGCAACAAUUUUUAAUCAAUGUCAGGUAAAUUUAAGUCCUUCAAUUUCAUCGACAUUUUUUUGUAACAACUACACACAUCAAUUUGUGGUCUUCCAAGAGCUCGGCUAAAAUUGCAGCCAGAAGAAAUGGUGUGAUGCUUAAACUUCCAAAAAAAAAAUUGUUAUUGAAUUCGUUGAAGCACUUUGGUGCUUAAACGAUUGGACAGAAAUUUUUUCUCGACAUUUUUUGAGUAAUGAAUUUCUUUAAUGUAUAAAAAACUAAUAAAAUCAUAAAUAUUUGAACAAAUAUCACUACUCAUUACGUUAUGCCUGGAAACAUCACUGAGACCCCUAAAAUCAACUGGUGAUUGACCCAUUACAGUAUGUCAUUGAAGGCUUUCAACACAAGACUUGGUUAUGCCAUGUAGUGAAUACUUUUGUUCCAACUCCCUUUCAAAGAAUGUGGUAACUAUAAGUCUUUUCUUUAGGCUUGCAUAUGGUUUUCUUAUUUUCAGAUCAUCAAAUUCUGUGAAUAUUUCAGUAUUCAAUAAGUGAAUAUAAGAAACUAUCCUGUGAAUUUAUGAUUAAAACUGUUAAUAUGACUAAGAAUUACAGAUUUCCCUUAUGACAUAAAUUUAGAAAAACAUUUCAUCCUGCAACCCUAUGAUAAAAACAAAUCCAAAUUAAAAUAAUGUACAUUUCUAUGUCUAUAAACAAAAGCACAUUAAAUUGAUAGUCACUAAAAUACUAGUCACUAAAAUAAAAACAGCAAUAAUAAUAAUAUUAUAUUAUGUUAAGUAUUAAUAACAAAUAUAUGAUCUAAUAUUCUAUUUAGUAAUUCUUACCUGCACAUCUCUUAGGAGGAAUCUAUUUUUUAUUUAUAAUUUUCGAACCCUUUACUCUUGUCAUUUUUGUUUUAUGUGGCUCAUAGUUACUUUUAUCCCUCUUUCUUUUCAUGAAUACGUAUUCUAAAGAACUAUCCUCUGAAUCACUCAUUGUGUGGUAAAAAGCAUUAGCAAAAUAGCAAGCCUAAACUAAAUAAAAGUAUUAGGUUAUGCAUACAAUUUCAUAAGCAACUACUGCAGCCAUUUGGCGGUAUAUCUUGAAGUUUAUUCCGAGAAUAGGUCAUCUUCAGGAUAUGGUGUGUUUUUGAAUUAAAUAGAGAUUUCACUGCACAAAAUAAUUUCACUACACCAAAUAGGAGGGCAUGUUCUUUUUUUUAAAUAUAAUUUAGCUAUGUAUCUAUGUCAGCUAAACCUAAAAAUGAAAAAAUCUCAAUUUUGAAUUU